UUUCCCAGCAGCCUUAGUCUCCUUUCUUUUCUUCUUCUCUUACCAGGAAAUUAUCUUUUGUUGGAUUCAUCUCCCCUGUUUCUCUUCCUAGAAAUGCUGAGCUUAUUAUUGCAAAUGAGAUUUGCACCAUUUUUCUUUUUUUGUUGCCUGUAAGAGGUUAAGUUUCGGCUUUGCAUGAUGCCCCUAUAUGGCUAUUUCAACUUUUUUAAGGGACUGCAGACCUCCCAAAGGGUCCAAGGGGGGUUAUACUGUCAAUUGACAUACAUUAACAUUAACCAUUUUGAAGCACUAAGGUAGUAAGGUGCCCCAGUUUCCUUAAUGCAUAUGACAAUGCUGCUUUUGUUCUUUUACAUUUUUUCCCGCGGUAGGGGGAGAGGUAGAAUUGCUCAAUGUUUAAAAUUUUGGUUUCAAAAGUUUAUGCAACAAAUAUUUGUCCCAUGAUUUUAAGAAACUACUUUAUCUUGGAAGUUGGUUUCCAUUCAUUGAAUUUUGUACUAUUUGAUAGCAGUUUGAAAAGCCAACUAACAGGUCUUCAGCUUUCUCCGAAAAGCAAAGUGGAAAACCAACACAAGUUUUUUCUCUUCUCCUUCUUAGAUGCUUGACAUCAAGAAUCAAUUGUAAAAUGUGCAGGUAAAUCUCCCUUGUAGUGUGGCAUAUGGCAAUACAAGGCAGAAACCAUUAGAGUAUAGUUGCAGUGGUUAGGAUGAUCUAUACAACCAAGAAGGAGCCUAACAAAAAGUGUUUUGUUUGGGUCUUUUCUUCAGGAUUCUUAUGUUUUUUUUUUCUCUUUAAUUUCUUUCACACCUCUCCAAUUCCUCUUUAUUUUACAUAAUCAUGGAAUUAUAUUCUGACAAGAGAGAAUGCAUAUUCAUGUCUUUAUGUUCGAGUAAAGUACUUCAAGUUUUCUUCAGCAUAUAACUAAUGCUGUAAAACAAUCUUUCUGAAGUGGUUAAAACUCGACAAACUCUGAUGCAAGUUGCAUCGUCUCAAACAAUAAUGGAAGAAGAAGGGAGGUUUGAAGCUGAGAUAGCAGAGGUGCAAGCAUGGUGGAACUCAGAGAGGUUCAAGCUGACCCGGCGACCAUACUCAGCUAGAGAUGUUGUGGCUUUACGAGGCAACCUCAGACAGAGCUAUGGCUCAAACGAGAUGGCCAAGAAGUUAUGGAGAACUCUCAAGACACACCAAGCAAACGGCACUGCCUCAAGGACCUUUGGUGCACUUGACCCUGUCCAAGUAACCAUGAUGGCCAAGCAUUUGGACACCAUUUAUGUCUCUGGUUGGCAAUGCUCCUCAACUCACACCACCACCAAUGAGCCAGGUCCAGACCUCGCUGACUAUCCCUAUGACACUGUCCCAAACAAGGUGGAACACCUUUUCUUUGCACAACAAUACCAUGACCGCAAACAAAGAGAGGCACGAAUGAGCAUGAGCCGGGAGGAGAGGGCUCGAACCCCUUAUGUUGAUUACCUAAAGCCAAUCAUUGCUGAUGGUGAUACUGGAUUUGGUGGCACCACGGCCACUGUUAAGCUUUGCAAGCUUUUCGUGGAGCGUGGUGCUGCUGGUGUCCACAUUGAGGAUCAGUCCUCUGUAACAAAAAAAUGUGGGCACAUGGCUGGUAAAGUGCUUGUUGCUGUUAAUGAACACAUUAACAGGCUUGUUGCUGCAAGGUUGCAGUUUGAUGUUAUGGGAGUGGAGACCGUAUUGGUGGCCAGGACUGAUGCUGUUGCAGCUACUUUGAUCCAAACCAAUGUCGACACCAGGGACCAUCAGUUUAUUCUAGGUGUGACUAAUCCAAAUCUUCAGGGAAAAAGUCUGGCCACUAUGUUGGCAGAAGGAAUGGCUGCUGGUAAAAAUGGUCCUGAACUUCAGGCCACUGAAGACAACUGGCUAGCCAUGGCACAACUUAAGACAUUCUCUGAAUGUGUUAUUGAUGCAAUUAAGAACAUGAACACCAGGGAGGAUGAGAAGAGGAGGAGACUGAAUGAAUGGAUGAACCAUUCCAGUUAUGAUAAGUGCCUCUCAAAUGAACGGGCAAGAGAGAUUGCAGAGAGACUGGGGCUCAAAAAUAUUUUCUGGGACUGGGAUUUGCCUAGAACCAGAGAAGGGUUCUAUAGGUUUAAGGGGUCCGUAGCCGCUGCAGUUGUUCGUGGUUGGGCCUUUGGUCCUCAUGCUGACCUUAUCUGGAUGGAGACUUCAAGCCCGGACUUGGUUGAGUGCACCAAGUUUGCAGAAGGGGUGAAAUCAAUGCACCCCGAAAUCAUGUUGGCUUACAAUCUCUCACCAUCUUUCAAUUGGGAUGCAUCAGGGAUGACUGAUGAUCAGAUGAGAGACUUCAUUCCUAGAAUAGCCAAGCUGGGUUUCUGUUGGCAGUUCAUAACACUGGCUGGUUUCCAUGCUGAUGCACUGGUGACCGAUACAUUUGCAAGAGAUUUUGCAAGGAAGGGAAUGCUAGCAUAUGUUGAGAAGAUCCAAAGGGAAGAGAGGAACAAUGGAGUGGACACACUUGCUCACCAAAAAUGGUCAGGUGCAAACUUUUAUGAUAGGUAUCUAAAGACUGUCCAGGGAGGAAUCUCAUCCACUGCUGCCAUGGGAAAAGGAGUGACAGAGGAGCAAUUCAAGGAAACAUGGACUAGGCCAGGAGCCACGAGCGUUGGAGGUGAAGGCAAUCUGGUGGUUGCUAAGGCUAGAAUGUAAGAGAAACAGACAGAGAGAGAGAGAGCAACAUGAGUUAUCGUGAAGGGACAAACGGAUGGUCUAUUUGGAGCAUUACGCCAUUACCAAUUCUUCAACUAGGGAAUUGGGAUAGGAAUAAUAAAAUAUGGUAAUAACAUCAUAGGAGAAUGGAUCAUUCUGGGGCAAUUUUUUUGGCCACAUUGUGUUUCUUUUUAAGCUCUUCACAGCUUUGUUAAAGAUGAAACUUGGUUCUUUUAUAUGGUAAUGAGAGAAAAAUGCUUUGUUUUUGAACUUUUUGUUUCAUUUCUAAGCUUAGAUUACUGUUGUUCUGAAGAUCAUAGCACUAUUCUACAUUCUCCAGUGGCCUAUGUGCCUUGCAAAAAGCCGUAGGGAACUUUAAAAAAGAAAAAAUGAAAGAAAAGAAAAGGAGCACAGUGCCCACAACUUGGGUUGGGCUGGCGUAAGACAACUCAAAGCCCAGAAACUUCCUACGAGGCCCAAAACGACGCAUCCAAGACGUCGUCUCGCUUCAUUUGGAUUUUUUGGAUGAAAAACAUAAAUACAUCGAACUUAAAAUGUCGAUCUUGGAUUUUGGAUAUGUAGACUCGAAUUGCUUCGAUUUGGAAAGGUUCGUUUCUUCCUUAUUGUUUUUGGUUUAAUUCUCUGCUUUCCUCUAGCUAUCGUCCAUUUCGCUCAACCAAUUUCCCUUUGAAAUCCUAUCGACUAAUUUUAUCUCAGUUUUUGCUGAAUCAUUCGAAACACUUACGUAAUUAAACCUCGUCGCUUGUAGUUUUAAAAUUCGAACUUAAUUGUUUCAGAUUUGUAUGUAAAUAGAUGAUUAGGGUUUAGUAAUAUAAACCAGGAUGUUGUUGCGCUCUGUAAAUUAAAUCUUUUCAUAUUCUUCAUAUUUUCCCUUUUCUGUUUAAAUCUUUUUAUGACGAUUUUGGAAUGAUGGCACGUGUUCUUCAGGCCAAAUUUGGGAUGGGUAUUUUGUUUCAAAUAGUGUAGGAGAAGAAAUUUAGGAAAUUUAUGAAGCAUAGAAGGAGAUGAAUUGUCUCAAACUGGAAAUAUAUGUGUAAAUAAGCUGCUUAGUUGAACUGGAGAUGUUGAAACCAGAAAUACCAAACCAAGCUGCUUAGUUCGGCAGAGGACGAUUUUAGACAAUCUGUGUAGCUCAUAGGUUGUUGGUUAAUUGUUUUGGGAUGAUGCGUUGGAAACUAGUUUGUGGUCUUUGGCGGAAAAAGCACUGUCCGGUUAAAGGAGGAAAAACUCGGCACUUUUGGAAUAGUACCUCGAGCUCUUGAGGAAUAGCUCAAGUUUGUUUUCCACUGAUGGUUUCCUGCGGCAUCCCUUUGAAACUGUAGGUUAUACAUAGAUGAUACACCUCUAGGAUGGCAGGAAUGGAUAAUGAAAUUGAUGUUUAUGGAAGAAAUAGAUCUGACGAUCAACAUAUAACAAACGGAAAAGGUAUUAAGAGAACAAGUAGGCUGCCUUCAAAUCGUUCUGUGGAGAAAAACAAGUGCUCCUGGUAAAACAUGUUCAAUCAUUGAUGUCCAUGUUCACAUCAAUAAUUAGCAUAGUAAUUAGGGUAUCUUCAGGGAUGUGAUUUUGUGAAGUCCUAAAUUCUUUGUACCCUGUAUAUAAAUUCAAGCAUUUUGAAUUAUUAUA